AUGACGUUGUAUAGUGUUGAUGAUUCGGUAUUAACAAAACAAAAUUUGUUACUGUUGGAUAAUUGGACAAAUUAUUCAAAACCUGCAAUAGAUUAUUUCAAUGGCAUGGAUAUUUUAGAUUACCACACAGUUUUUUCCCUCUUGCAUAGAUUCAGAUAUAAGAGAAGUUCGAUGAGGUUACCUUCUUGUUCAUUAGAAUACAAUACCGAUUAUUACAUUUAUAUGGGUAGGCUGGUAAACUGUGUCUUUCGCCAAUGGUCACUGGCAUUGGAUAAAAAUUUGAACGAUAUCAAAUUAAAUCCAAUUGUAAUCAAUUGGGAUAAACAAAAUGAUGUGACUGUGCUUUAUGGACCUGAUUUGUCCUCACAAAAAUAUUUUGAUCUGUUUAGUUUUAAUAAAAUUGGAAGUCAUAAUGACAGUUACGAUAAAUGUAGUACUAGUAAUAAGGUUAAUAUUAUGAGAAACAAAAAGAAACCUAAUAUUAUUUAUAAAGAGAAAACCAAUAGCAUUAGCAUUAGCAGUACCAGCAGCAGCAACAACAACAACAACAACAACAAUAAUAAUAAUAAUAAUAAUAAUAGCAACAGCACUGAACGAAAUUUAACUAUGCAAAAACGGUUGCUACAAUUCGAUAAUUACGUCUUGAAAAGGGAAAUUGAUAGAAAUGGACGUUAUUUCGAAUGUAGAACUGUCAUUAAUGACAUACCAACAACUCCUAGAAAAAAUUGUCUCCUGUAUAAAUCAAAUACAGAAUCUCUUCUAGUUCCUGGUAGUUGUCUUAUUGAUCUAAAUUAUAGAAAAAGUUCAAUAUUUAAAGUGCAGGUCACUUCACAAUCUAAUGAGACUAUUUCAUGCAUGUAG